CAGCCUGCAUGCAAGUUGACAGAGAUGUGGUAACACAUCUUUACAAGGAACCAAGUUGAGCACCACAGGUGUCACCUACAGAGAAAGGGACCAGUCUGCUGCAGGGAGCCUAGGGAGGAUCCAGAGCCCAAACUCGGAAGGGGCACUGCUAGUAUUGGAGACUUAAAGGAAUCAGGCAUGAGUCAGGAGAGUCAUGAACACCCCAAAUCCAGUGUCGGUGUUCUCCCACCUGGCACUAUACUUUUGGAAGAGAAGGAGAAAAAAAACAUCAAACUGAAGACCCGCUUAGCUGAGAAGAUAAAAAAGAACUGCACCUGUUCUCCAGUCAAAGCCAAAGAUACGCUUUUCAGUUUUUUUCCUGUCCUACAAUGGCUGCCUAAAUACAAUCUUAAAGAAUGUUUAUUAGGUGAUUUAAUGUCUGGACUUAUUGUGGGGAUUCUUCUGGUCCCUCAAUCUAUUGCAUAUUCACUUUUAGCAGGCCAGGAACCCAUAUAUGGUCUUUACACCUCUUUUUUCGCCUGCAUAAUCUAUUUCCUCAUGGGAACUUCUCGACAUAUUCAUGUCGGAAUCUUUGGUGUGCUGUGUCUGAUGGUUGGGGAGGUGGUGGAUCGAGAGCUGGAGGCUGCUGGGUUUGAUGAAAACAGCACACACAGUGCCUUCGCUAUAAAUGUGACUGAAGCGUUGACAUGUGACAGAAGCUGUUAUGCCAUCACAGUUGGUGCGACUGUUACUUUUAUGGCAGGAGUGUAUCAGGUUGCAAUGGGAUUUCUCCAGGUUGGUUUUGUUUCAGUGUACCUCUCUGAUUCAUUGCUCAGUGGAUUUGCCACAGGUGCCUCCAUCACUAUUCUUACAUCCCAAGUAAAAUAUUUAUUAGGGUUAAGUAUACCACGUGCCAAUGGGAUAGGGUCUUCAAUCUACACAUGGAUUUACAUUUUUCAAAACAUUCACAUGACUAAUAUUUGUGAUCUUGUUACAAGCAUUGUGUGCCUUCUCGUUCUGAUUCCAGCCAAAGAAAUCAAUGAAUGUUACAAGUCUAAGCUCAAGGCCCCGAUUCCCAUUGAACUGUUUGUAGUUGUUGGUGCAACUCUUGCAUCUCAUUUUGGUCAUCUGCAUGAAAAUUAUGGCUCCAGCAUUGCAGGCACAAUCCCCACUGGAUUUCUGAUGCCAAAAUCACCAGACUGGAGUCUUAUUCCUAGCAUUGCACUGGGAGCACUGUCGAUUGCUAUUAUUGGAUUUGCAAUAACAGUCUCUCUGUCUGAGAUGUUUGCUAAGAAGCAUGGCUAUGAGGUGAAGGCCAAUCAAGAAAUGUAUGCCAUUGGAUUUUGCAACAUCAUUCCAGCUUUUUUCCACUGUUUUACCACAAGUGCAGCUCUUGCAAAAACUCUAGUUAAAGAAUCUACAGGAUGUAGAACCCAAGUCUCAGGGGUUAUGACCUCUUUGAUCAUUUUGUUGGUGUUACUAGUGAUUGCCCCUUUAUUCUUUUCUCUUCAGAAAUGUGUUCUUGGAGUCAUAACCAUUGUCAAUCUUAGAGGUGCUCUGAAGAAGUAUUUUGAUUUGCCGAAAAUGUGGAAGGUAAAUAAAGUAGAUACAGCCAUCUGGCUGGUAACCAUGUUUUCCUCUGCAUUAAUUAGUACAGAACUUGGUCUGUUGAUUGGCAUUGCAUUUUCAAUGGUUUGUGUCAUCGUAAGAUCACAGAAACCGGGGGCAACUUUGCUUGGCAGGGUGGAAAAUUCAGAUGUUUUUGAGUCCAUGGUUGUCUACAAGAACCUUAAAUCUACACCAGGCAUCAAGAUCUUUCGCUUUGAAGCUCCCCUUUAUUACGUGAACAAACAAUGCUUUAAAUCAGCUUUGUACAAGACAUCUGGCGUUGACCCGGUUUUAGUUGCAACAGAGCAAAAGAAAAAAGAGAAAAAGAAAGAAAAGCUACAAAAGAAGGAUAGAGUUGUUGAUGCCAAGGUUACUCAGGUGGACACCAUACAGCAGCUCUACAAAGAACCUUUGCCGUUUCAUACUUUAGUUAUCGACUGUAGUGUCAUUCAGUUUAUAGACACUGCAGGAGUGAAUACCUUGAAAGAGGUCCUAAAUGAUUAUAAAAACAUUGGCAUUUGUGUGCUACUGGCUCAGUGUAAUAUUUCAGUAAGAAAUUCCCUUCGGAAUGGAGACUAUUUUAAAAGGGAAGAGAGCUGCAUGGUGUUCUACAGUGUACAACAAGCCGUGCAGUUUGCACUAUAUGAGCAAGAACAAGAAGAUGCCUGCAUUAAUGGUUCUUUAGUCUAGCAAAGCGUGCUAUUUUUUAUACUCUAAUAACCCUUAGUGCUGCUGUGAAGCUGCAGAGUGUGUCUGAGAGUGUUUGUAAGCUACAUUAACUUAUACUCUAACAGGAGAGAUAACUAGAAUACUGUACUGGUUGACGUUCACGUGCCUUUAUUAAAUACCAUAUGAGUUUAAUCAUGUGGUCAGUGAUAGAAAUAAUUGUUUUCCCAAUUGGAAAGCAAGAUUCUGAUACCUACAUUAAAAGUUAUAGUCUGAAGAACACACAUUUAUUUUAAUUUAUAGUAAAUAAGCAGCUUAAUAGAAUGUAAUUCAUGCUAAAUUAAUUUUAUUAUAAUUUCUAGAUUGCACUUAUUCCUUAAGAAA